CAUGAAGGAGUGUGUGUUGAACCAGAGGAGGGAAGAACUGAGGAGGAGGAAAGAAAUGUGAAACAGAAGUAUAACGGGAGAGAAAAGAAGGACAUUCUAAGAGGGAAACAAAAACUAAGCUGAAAACAGAGAGAGUUCCUUGUGAGAAGCACACAUACCAGGGGUAAAAGUUCAAGUGUCGAACGUGGCAGAAGAGUGUGAAAAUGUCGCUGAGGUGUCUGUUCAUUUUCUUGGGAAUCACUGCAGCCACUGUUGUUACAGCUCAAGGAUCAUGGAGACAAAGUGGCAAAAAGUCUAGUUCUGCUGUCUACCAAACAGAAGAUAACUAUCAGUGGUCGACAUGGUUCAAUGUUGAUCAUCCUGGAGGCCGUGGAGAUUAUGAACAGCUGGAUGCCAUUCGUUUCUAUUACCGUACCCGUGUAUGCGAAACUCCAAAGGCAAUCGAAGCCAGAACCACUGAAUGGAUCCCAGCGCGUGAAACUGGGGAGACGGUCCAUGCAGACCCGACUGUGGGCUUCUGGUGCCUGAAUGAAGAGCAAGGUCCCCAGCUCAACUGCUCCAACUAUGCAGUCCGUUUCCUAUGUCCAAAAGCACAUAACAGUAUUAACAUUCAGGGAACCUGGGGGCCAUGGUCAGACUGGAGCCCAUGUCCUGCCCUCUGUGGCCAAGUGGGGGUGCAAAUUCGCUAUCGAAACUGUCAAUCUGACUCGCUGCCGUGCAGUGGGCCAAAAUUAGAUGGGAAAGCAUGUAAUGGACCUGAGUGCCCAAAGACAGCUUGUUCCCUGCAGUGUGUGAUGGGGCAAGCAAACUCUGACUGUGAAUGCAUGUGUGAAGAACACACAAUGUUGGGUUCUGUACGCAGCGCUGGUGGUCUCGCCGCCGAAGGGGCCGCCAUCCUUCGCUCUGGCAAAUUCCUUACCCUUACAGACCACAACGGACAUUUCCGCAUACCCAAUAUCUGCCCUGAUGGCAACACAACCCUGACUGUCAGGCUCAAGGGCCAUGCCCCCCUUGAUGUUGUUGUGCCCAAGAGCAGUGAGCGCACCUCUGUCCUCAGUGUCCAGCUAAAAAGAGCCGAGAAACUUCAUGUGUUGAGCAAUCCUGAAAGCAAGGUCAGGAGGGCAGGACAAAGUGCUGCCUUCUGCUGCAAAGUUGCAGGAACGCCACAGCCGGAUGCAUACCAAUGGUUUCACAAUAACACUCUCAUGGAGAAGGAGUCAGAAAGCACCUUGGUCAUAAGAGAUCUGCAUCCAGAGCAGUCUGGAGAAUACUACUGCAGAGCAAGUGGUCCAACUGGAGCCAUUAAGACUAAAACAGCUACUCUCAGAAUCUUAGGCAGAGAUGAGCAUUCAUGCAACCCUAAACCUGAAUCCCACCUCAUCCGCCUUCCACACGACUGCUUCCAAAACAGUACCAACUCAUUCUACUACGAUGUGGGCAAGUGUCCCCCAAGUAGAUGUGCUGAACAACUCGACAAUGGUAUCAGGUGCAAAGACAAAGUGGCUUAUUGCUGCGGUGUGGCAAAAAUGGAGGAAAGACAGCUAACAUGUCAGGGCUACCAACUGCCCACCAUGGUGGUAACCGAGUGUGGCUGCCAGAAAUGUGUGGACACUAAGGCCAUUGUGCAUGGUAGGGCCAUUGCUGCAGACAAUGGAGAACCAAUGCGGUUUGGUCAUAUUUUUAUGAAUGGAGUCAGAAUUAGUCGUACAGGCUACAAAGGAACCUUCUCUAUCCAAGUCCCCGAAGAUACAGAGAGGCUAGUAUUAACCUUCAUGGACAACAUGCAGAAAUUUGUCAACACCACAAAAGUGCUUCCAUUUAACACCAAAGGUGGGGCUGUUUACCAUGAGAUAAAACUUCUCAGAAAAAAAGCCCCUGUGACAAUCAGCUCCACAGAAACCAAUACACUUGAGCUUGGGGAGGUAGAGAGCCAGGAGCCAAUGGUUCAAAUCCAGAUUCCUCCCUAUUCCUUCUACAAGGAAAAUGGCGAAGUCUUCACGGGUAACGUCAGUGCUAGUGUAACAUUUCUCGACCCCAGAGACAUCUCCACAGCUGCGGCAGCUCAAAGUGAUCUAAAUUUUAUCGGAGAUGAAGGUGAUACCAUGCCACUGAGGACCUAUGGCAUGUUUUCAGUUGACUUUAGAGGUGAAGAAAACAAUGAGCCACUGAAUGCAGGUGAAGUAAAGGUUUCACUGGACUCUGCUCAGGUUCAGAUGUCAGAGCACCUCAACACCAUGAAGCUGUGGUCACUGAACCCUGAAACUGGUCUGUGGGAGGAGGAAGGGAGUCUGCAGGUGGAGAAGAAGAAAAGAGGCAAAAGGGAGGAGAGAACAUUUUUGAUUGGUAACAUGGAGAUCAGAGAAAGGCGACUGUUUAACUUGGACGUCCCAGAGAACCGCAGGUGUUAUGUGAAAGUGCGGGCUUUCCGCAGUGAACGGUUCAUGCCCAGCGAGCAGGUGGAAGGAGUUGUGAUCAGUCUCAUAAAUAUGGAGCCCAAAGCUGGCUACUCCACCAAUCCGCGUGCCUGGGGCCGAUUUGAUAGUGUGGUCACUGGUCCCAGUGGAGCCUGUCUUCCUGCUUUCUGCGAUGAACAAAAAGCUGACGCCUAUACUGCCUAUGUCAUGGCCAACCUCGGUGGAGAGGAACUGGAAGCUGUCCCGUCUGCUCCCAAAUUCAAUCCCAACCUCAUUGGAGUGCCUCAGCCUUACCUUGGUAAACUAAACUACAUGCGAUCUGACCACGAGGACCCCAGAGUGAAGAAGACAGCGUUCAGCAUCAACGUAGCAAAACCAAGCCCCAACACAGCCGAGGAAGGUAACGGACCAGUGUACCCAUUUGAGAACUUGAAAGAAUGUGAGGAGGCCCCAUUUAGUGCAGCACACUUCCGGUUCUCAAGAGUCGAAGGAGAUCGCUAUGAUUACAACACAGUGCCCUUUAAUGAAGAUGACCCCAUGAGCUGGACGGAGGAUUACCUAAGUUGGUGGCCCAAGCCUAUGGAAUACCGGGCCUGCUACAUCAAGGUCAAAAUCAACAGCCCGCAUGAGAUCAAUGUGCGGUCCCGCAACAUGGGCGGUACCCAUCCCAAGACCGUAGGCCAGUUGUACGGCCUUCGAGACACUCGCAGCAUUCGCGACAUGGACCAGACAUCUGUUUCAGCAGUGUGUCUGGAAUUCAAGUGCAGUGGGAUGCUGUACGAUCAGGAACGUGUAGAUCGUACACUGGUGAAGGUGAUCCCACAAGGAAGCUGCAAGAGAGAUCAUGUCAACUCAAUGCUUCAGGAGUAUUUAGUCAACCACCUGCCCCUAGCUGUCAACAACGACACCAAUGAGUUCACCAUGCUGGCGCCUCUUGACCCUCUGGGCCAUAACUACGGAAUUUAUACGGUGACAGACCAGGAUCCCCGCACAGCCAAAGAGAUUGCACUUGGCCGCUGCUUUGAUGGUACCUCUGACGGCACAUCUCGGGUCAUGAAAACCAAUGAGGGCAUAGCGCUAACGUUUACCUGCGGAGACCGUGAGGUUACACGCCAGAACGUCUUUCAAACAAUGCAGCGCUCUCAAGGUCAGACAGUAGGAACAAGCAUCGUGAGAGGGGAAAGCAGGCAGAACCGGCGCCGGCAGAGGGCAAACGCACCACGCAGCAGUCGUAGACGUAGCACCAGAAACCCUGAGGGAAAACGUACAAAAGCCAGAAACUAGACAAGAGGAGACCUAGGAACAUCACGAAGACCAGACGAUGACUUGCUAAAAUGAAACCAGAUGGUGUUAACAUGUUUUGGUUUAUCCAUCCAUAAAUAUCCCCCACCCCCACUUGAAGAGUAACUAAACUGUUAUGCUAAUUUCUUGCAUCUUCAUCUCAAGGAAUAUGUAAUGUUUCUUCCUCUCACUUUACAUUACUGUGGCAAAUAUUUACUUGAAAAUGUAAAUAGAGUAUUUAUUACACAAGUAUUAUCAUCUUUCCAACUGUACUAUAAACAAGGACAAAAACAA